AUGAGCCUUCGUCUAGUUGACCACCUCUUUACAAAAGACACCCUUACAAAGUCAACUGUUCAGAGUACCAAGAAAUUUGCUCCCCUUGACCAAGACAAACUUGAUGCAAUUAAAAGUGAGUAGAUGAAUAUUUACUGUUAAAAACUGAGCAGAUAUGGAAUUUGUUUUCUUAAAAUCGUAAUGUAUAAUUUGGGGCUGACUUUAUUCUGUUUGAAGGAACUUUUUAAUAACCCUUACCGGAUUGCAGUUAUUUAUUUAUGUUGGUGGUUAGGAAGCCAGGAUGAAUAGCCGGUUUAUUUGUCAACAUUGAUUAAUCGCUGUUCAUUUGCAUUCUUUUCAGCUGAAGUGCUGACUGCCUUUUCUUAUCAAUGCCGGGGAAUGGAAGACGUUCUACGGAUGUAG